UGGCUACUGUUUGCUAUCGACAUUUGUUUUUGGAGUAUUUUGUACAAGAAUUCGUCGUGUUAUCAUUUUGCUACCGCAAACGGUUGAUAACGCACUCAUUAUUUGAUAAUAAUUAAACACCAAGGCCAUAAAAUCAAAUUCAACGAACACGAAAUUUCCUGUAUAAGCUCAUUCCUACGCAACCGUUGAACAUUCAAGAUUGGUAACUGGCAGAGCAAACAUCGCCACAAAAUGAGCGCGGAAAAGUGGGAGGACAACGAGGAAAUCAAAAUAUUCCGGGAGUACUUGCGUAUAGCAACGGUGCAACCAAAUGUGGAUUACACCGAGUGCGUCGAGUUCCUCAAGCGACAGGCUCACAGCCUGGAUCUGCCAGUGGAUGUCAUCUAUCCUGUGGAGAAGAAGCCCGUGGUGAUUAUCAAGUGGCUGGGAACCGAGCCGGAGUUGCCCUCCAUAAUCCUUAACUCGCACAUGGAUGUGGUGCCCGUGUUCCGCGACAAGUGGACCCACGAUCCCUUUGCCGCCGACAUCGAUGAGGAGGGCAGGAUCUUUGCUCGCGGCACACAGGACAUGAAGUCGGUGGGCACUGGAUAUCUGGGUGCCAUUCGCCUGCUGAAGGCCAGUGGUGUCCAGCCCAAGCGCAACUUCUUCGUGACCUUUGUGCCCGAUGAGGAGAUCGGUGGGGAGUUGGGCAUGCAGGAGUUCGUUAAAACCGAAUACUACAGCAACAUGAAUGUGGGUUUCAGUCUCGACGAGGGCGGCACCAGCGAAAUAGAUCUAUUCUACGUGUUCUACGCCGAACGUAUGCGAUGGGGACUCAAACUGAACUUCAGUGGAACCUCUGGACAUGGAUCGAUGUUGCUGCCCAGCACUGCCGGCGUGAAACUGAACUAUGUGCUGAACAAACUCACGGAGUUCCGUGAGUCGCAGGUUCAGCGAUUGGCCAGGGAUCAGACCAUCAACAUCGGCGAUGUGACCACCAUCAAUCUCACCCAGCUGAGCGGCGGAGUCCAGAGCAAUGUGGUGCCCCCGCACUUCGAGGCUGUCUUCGACAUGCGACUCUCCAUCACUCUAGAUGUGGUUGCCUUCGAGAAGCAGAUCCACGACUGGUGCGAGGAGGCAGGUGGCGGCAUCGAGAUCUCCUUCGACGAGAAGGAGCCCUAUGUGGCACCCACCAAGAUCGACGACUCCAAUCCCUUCUGGCUGGCCUUCAAAGCAGCCACCAAUGAACUUGGCCUGAAGAUCUACCCCAUUGUUUGCCCCGGUGCCACAGACAGCAGAAAUAUCCGCGCACAAGGAAUUCCUGCCUUGGGAUUCUCACCCAUCAAAAAUACCACCAUGCGCAUCCAUGAUCACGACGAGUUUUUGGGAGCCGAAACCUAUUUGAAGGGCAUUCAAAUAUACAAGAAAAUUUUGGGCAACCUAUCCGAAGUCUGAAACUGAAUUCGAAAUAUUGCAUGAGAACCUUAUCAAAAUAAAUACAUCAUUUCUCUCUAAGUUGAAACAAA